AUGUGAAUGAGAAAAAUAACCAAAUACGAGUAUAAACUUGAUCAUAUACGAAGUACAUUUGAAUAAUGUUCUCAGAGUACAACAUUAACAAAAGAGUUUUGUCAAUCACAUAAUAACAUGUUAAACAACCAUUUUUAUUUUUUUUUAUACUUUUACUAUUGCUUUAUUUAUGUAGAUGGUUAAAAUCUUACUCAAAAUAUGGAAUCAAAUCUCGUCUAUAAAUCGUUUGAAAGUUUUAUUAUGAAAAAUUAAACAAGUGGACAAUUAUUUCUUGUUCUUUGUAAGGAUUGUCUAUUUGAUCUACAAAAUUGGAUUGUUUUUAAAUUUACUAAUCAUUACUUUACGUUAUACAGAAUAUAAAUGAUAAUAUGAUCAUAUAAUGAAAUAUGGACAAAAAAAAUACACUAUUAUAAUCAAUUACUUACGUCAUCAAACUCAUAGAGUCAUAGUCACAUACUCACAUUUACCUUGUAUAUAUGUUCCCACGCCUAUAUAAAGGGCAUGCAUGCUCUCAUUCCAAAAACACAACCUCAUCACAUACACUUCAUCUCUCAGUAUACAUUCUCUCUUUCUCACCUUUGAAACAUAUAUUAACCUAAAGUUCUUACUUCAAGCAUUAUUUGCGCAAAAUAAAAUUCUAAUUAAUCAUUUAUUUCAUUCCAAAUUCCUCUACUUUUCACUACUACUUAAACCCUCAAAAAAAGAAAAGAAAAAAAAAAUGCAAUACCAUUUACAAGAACCAUCCUCAUCAUCAUCGUCGUCAUCAUCAUGGGGAUACUCAUACUACAUAGGAGUACCAUCCAUGAACAUGAUGAACAUUCGAGAAGCGGCCGACCCGCUCGAGAAAGUGGCAAGGCUAGCAUCCGAGAGUGCGGUGGUAAUAUUCAGCGUGAGCACCUGUUGUAUGUGUCAUGCGGUCAAGCGGCUGUUUUGUGGUAUGGGUGUUAAUCCAACGGUGUAUGAACUCGACGAAGAUCCAAGAGGAAGAGAAAUGGAGAAGGCUUUGAUUAGACUGCUUGGUAAUAAUUAUUCACCACCUGUUCCUGUUGUUUUUAUUGGUGGUAAACUUGUUGGUGCUAUGGAUAGAGUCAUGGCUUCCCAUAUUAAUGGCUCUCUUGUUCCUCUCCUCAAGGAAGCCGGUGCUCUUUGGCUUUGAACUAUAUUCGAUCGAUCAAUAAUAAACUAAUUAAGCUAGGUUGCGGGUUGGUUUCUUAUAAGCCAAACUCGAAUAGUUAACGAGCAAGUUCUUUAUAUUAGUUGAGAACUCGUAGUUUAAGGAUAGACUAAUUAAACUCGUUAUCAUCUCUAUUCAUAAAUUUCAGUAUGAAUAAUUGUAGUAAUAUGACUUGUAUCUAAUGACUAGACUAGCUGGUGGUAGGAAAUUGCAUUGCACACAAUUUUGGAAGCAUGACACCGGUGUGUUGUGUGUGUGUUAAUAUAAUUAUGAUUAUAAUUGUAAUUGAACGACUCAAGAUGAUUUAUGUAAUUUGUAGUAAACUGUGAAAUGAAAGA